AAAUAUUGUUAUAUGUUUCAGUAAAAAUGGUUCCAGUUCUACUGUUGUGCAGUAUAGUAGUCCUGAAUGGAUGUGCGGUGAAUGCAGUUGAGAAACCAGCUCAGCUGCAGGGUGGAGUAGAGCAGGAGAUGGUUCUAGAGAUUGGAGACGAUGUUUUAGUUCGAAGAAAACGAGCAGCAGAUAUUUGUAAAUACGGGAAAGGAACCUGGUCACCUUGCAACUCUCUGACGAAGUUGGAGGCACGUGUUGAUAAACUGAAAACCGGUUCGUCCGGCCCCACCUGCCCAAGCAGCAGACAGAUCACAAGAAAUUGUAAGAAAGAUAAGAGGAAGGGAAAGACUGAUGUUGGAAAGAAAGGUAAACAUAUUUUUAACAACUAA